AUGAAACUCAUACCUAUUACACUUGACGAGGUCGCAGCUCUCACGCCUGUUACUCAGGAUGAGGCAGAGCAUAUCUACAUCUUUGAUCAAUUCGGUACACAAGACUGUCUUCUCGAUUGUGAAGCAUGGAAAACCAGACAAGAUGUGACUGGGCGGCGUACGACAACCCCAGCCGAGAAACGACAGAAGAGAAAAGACAUCAAAAAACUCGGCAAGUCAUCGAUAUUGAAGCAGCGCCAGACUAUAAAGAACGACACGAGAAUUGCCAAUAGCUCCCUCAAGUUCAAACGAGAAGCUUUCACGUUGAAAGACGUAGAGAAUUCUGGCGAGAACGGCUGUGGCUGUUGUCAAUUCUUCCACGCCUUGCUGAAGACUCUCCUGCCAAGUCGUGAAAACACGGAUGUCGAUCAUCUAGUAUUCGAAUGGAUUCGUUAUGGCUUUCUCCUUAAAGUUCAGGACAAACAAAAAACAUUCUCUUUUCAGCUCUUCUCGCCGUCAGGAGCCAAAUCUGUCAUCCAUGGUUUGAAGUCGGCAAGAGUUCUCACAGGAGAUACAUCCACCCCCACUUCAUUGAAUCUCGCACAAAGCUGGAUACAAGAUUGUGAGACAACACAUGGACAGUGUGGUUCCGGUCGAGACGUUUCCCUUCCGAAGCGAUGCCUGGACCUCAAGCCGACGAGCAUCUCCGAUGAUUCUGCCAUCCAACUUGUUGAAACACGCGGUAGCACUGGUACCUAUGCAUGCCUUUCUCAUUGCUGGGGCAAGGAUAAACUCAUAACAACCACAUCGCAAACAAUCGCCAGUCAUCUCAACAGCAUCCCCUUUGCGGUCCUUCCUAAGACGUUCGGAGACGCUGUGACAUUGACAAGGAGUCUUGGAAUUCGAUAUCUCUGGAUUGAUUCCCUAUGCAUCAUCCAAGACUCACCCGAAGACUGGCAAAUCGAGUCUAGCAAGAUGGCAGACAUUUAUCACAACAGUUUCCUCACCAUAGCUGCAAUAUCAUCGCCCGACUCCCGCGGUGGUUGCUUCUGUCCAGAAAAGCUAAGCGACACGUGCUUUCGUGUCCAAUCAGAUGGACUGGAUACCCUAAUUGCUGCACGUUAUUGUAAUGGCGAGGGUGCAGUGGCGGAUACCCAAACGUUCAUGGAAGCCUUUCCCGCCCUGACUCGAGCCUGGAUUUACCAAGAGCGGAUGUUGUCUCGGAGAAUUCUCUACUGUACAUAUCGAGAGUUCCAAUUUGAAUGUCGUCAGAACGAGACUUGCGAGUGCGGCAGCCGCUUUAUGCCUCCACACCCAGAACCAGGGACUCCCGCAAGCAAGGCGAUGAUGCAAGGAAAGAACCAAUAUGGUGAACUUGAGAAGCUCUACAGUAUCAAAGGACAGUACUCGGCAAAGCAGUUGUGUCAGCAUUGGCAGAAGACGGUCAUGCAGUAUACCAAGCUUCGGAUCACCCAUUUGAGUGACAAAUUACCCGCUCUAUCGGGAUGUGCCAAGGACAUUGGCCGCAUCACAGGAGAUGACUUUCUUGCUGGGCUUUGGAGAGCAAAUUUCGCGGAGGGGCUACUCUGGGUCGUCAAUGUACCUGUGGAUCAGCCUCGGGCGUCUGUUUGGAGAGCACCCAGCUGGUCGUGGGCAAGUAUCGACAGUACCAUGGGGAUAGAUUACAUCUACACAAUGAGGACACGCCACAGACAAGACUUUGAAGACAAGAUACAGGAGGUUGAGUGCGAGCCCGCCGGGGUUGAUAGAACCGGAGCUGUCAAGUCCGCACACGUAUGGAUACGAGCAUCUCUCUGCCCAGUAUACCUCCGCCGGAUCUGUCGACGCUGUACGACCUCGAGAAGUCGAAUCCCGUACAGUAUCGAAAAUGACCAGUGGAUGAGUACACGAAGCCCGAAGAUAACACCCUGCCCUGUGACACCGGGCAGCGACAUCAAAGGCCUUGUGCUCAAGGGCGCCGAACCGAGCUUCUUUCCUGAUUACAAGUAUGAUGACCGAGUCGACUUUGAAUUUCUUGACAGGAAUGACGGAUUUGCUUGUCGACAUGCACGCGUAUUUCUUCUUCAUCUCUACGAUAACCAAUCUUUCGCAACGGAUGUGAUUACUGACUAUUUCCUUGUUCUGAGAAAGGUGACUGAGGCAAGUAGUGGCAGUUCGUUCGAGAGAGUUGCUCUUAUUACUCUUGCCUUUAAGGACUGGGCAGCGAGAGAUGAUUGGUUCCGGACUGAGUUUGACUUGGUAGUUGAACAGGAGACUGCACUGAAGAUAGUCUAG